CGACAGUUUGGCCGAGUGGUCCAAGGCGCCAGAUUUAGGCUCUGGUCCGAAAGGGCGUGGGUUCAAAUCCCACAGCUGUCAUUUUACUUGCGUUCCAUUUUAUUUUUGUUCUUAUUUUGAAGCCCAGUCUCUGUUCUUUUUGUUUCUCUCGGCCGCGGCAAAUUUUCUAGUCCUACCAGUUCCACGCGAUGUAUCAUCGUCACUUCCUUCGCCGCUUGCUCGCCAUUCCGGCCACUGUUCGCCGCCGGUCACUCUCAACCUUGGCCUUCGACGAAAUACGUUCGCCGCCGGAUCGUUCAUACAAGUUCACCGCUUUCGUUCUUCACGGCCUGUUAGGCUCCGGUCGCAACUGGCGUUCCUUCUCCCGCUCUCUCGCUUCUUCUCUUCCAUCCGGAUGGAGGAUGAUUUUGGUGGAUCUUAGGAAUCACGGUAGAUCGGCUGAAAUUGGAUGCUUUGAGCAGCCACACACUAUGGAAAAUGCUGCGAAUGAUCUGGCCAAUUUGAUCGAAUCACAAGGUUGGGAUUGGCCAGAUGUUGUUAUUGGCCACUCAAUGGGCGGCAAGGUGGCACUGCAGUUCGCUCAGAGCUGUUCUCGCGGUGAUUAUGGCCAACCAGCUCAAUUGCCUAAGCAGAGCCUCGUUCUAACCAAUAUGGUUAUCACACGCUCCUCUAAUACUAACUCAAAUCCAGAAGAUAAUCAGGAAAAUCCCUUUGGUAAGGAUCCUCUGGCAACCAUUGCCUCUCGAUUGGCAGCUUUAGAUGUUUUACAAGAAAAGGUGACGGCUCUGGAAGCAAAUUCAUCUCGCCGUAAUAGUGGAAAAGGGAAACAGCGCAAUCGUGCAGAUGAUAGCGAUGAGGAAUAUGAAUCAUCUCGGCGUGCUUCGAGGCUACCACAUGCAAAACUGGAAUUCCCAAAAUUUACAGGAGGCGACCCAAGAGGAUGGAUCCUCAAAGCAGAGAAGUAUUUCCGUUACUAUGACGUUCCAGAGGAUGAUAAGGUGGAUGUGGCUUCCAUGUACCUUGAAGGGGAUGCUUUGGGCCUGUUUUCAUGGAUGAGCACUGAGAGAACGUUGUUUUAUUGGGAAGAUUUGGUGAAGGCAUUCCAAGAACACAAUGGUCCACCGGAGUAUCAAAAUCCAAACGAAUACCUUUGUAGUAUCAAACAAAGUGGUACUGUGACAGAGUACCGCUUAGAGUUUGCAAGAAGGGCAUCUCGAGUUGAAAGAUGGCCUGAGCACUGCCUUCUAGGGGUUUUCAUCAACGGCCUCAAGGAAGAAUUGCGACCAGAUGUUCGGCUUCACAAGCCACAAACUGUGUACAGGGCUGCAAGUCUUGCCCUGGAGUUUGAGAGAAAGCAACCUUCGAGUCGAGGGUCCAGAUCUAAUGCUGCUUUUGGCCCAAAUCGCAGCAACCCACUUUACCCUCAAAAUUAUUCAACACGUGAACAGAAAGGAAAAGCACUAUUGGCAGAUCCCUUCACAGCAACAAUUAUUCAAAAUUUAAAGGAGAACACAACGUCCAGGCCGGGCUAUACUCUAGUGGAACAACGACUGUAUUUCAAUGGGCGCUUGGUAAUUCCUGAGAGUUCAUCCUUGCGUGCUAAGCUACUCGAAGAGGCUCACAACACCCCUUGUGGUGGUCAUGGUGGAUUCUUGAAAACUCUUAAACGCCUCUCCAACACUGUGUACUGGCCUCGCAUGAAGCUGGAUGUCAAGCGGUUGGUUCAACAAUGCUUUAUUUGUCAGAAAAGUAAAUAUGAAGCUGAUAUAUCUCGAACUAAGGGUCUUAACAGAGUUGUGGUUUUUCGGAGAGGAAAUGUGAUAAUAUGUUGAAGGCAAGCAAGAGGCGAAAUGAAUGGAGUGUGAAAGAGUUCUUUUUAAUGGUUUUUAAUAUGAGAAAAGAAAGGAGGAUCAGGAGA